GCGAGCACCAACUGCCGCUGACCUUCUACUGCGCCACGUGCAGGGAGGUCAUCUGCCGGGACUGCGCGUUCAUGACCACACCCACACGACCUCCACAAGAUCCUGGACACUGCCGACGCCCUUGCCACGCUCCGCCUCAGCGCCGUCACCCUCCUGCGGCACUACACACUCGUGCGGUCCUUCCACACGUCCCUCUCCGCCGCCCUCGAGAUGUACAUCGCCAACAACCCUACCAUGACGCGCGCCUGCAGGGAGGUCGCCGACCGCCUGAAGACCGAAAGCGGAGAUGACCUGCAGCAGGCGGUGAAGGAGGCGGAGGCCCUGGUGGAGAGCGAGGGCAACCUGCGCCGCCUCAGCUCGAAGGUGCGGGAGUGGGAAGGCCGUCAGGAGGACUGGGGAUUCGUGGUGUUCCUGACGCUGAGACGUCAGCUGCUGUCCGGCUGUAAGUCGGCCAGUGAUAAGGUCUUUCUCAG